CGUAUUUACUAUUAUGGACAUAUUGACAGUAAACCAGUAGAAGAGCUUGGAGUGUUUACAAAAAUUGUUUUAUAAAUAAAUAAGAAGUAAUUUUAUAAAGUUAUUAUUCAAAUUAAUUAAAAUGGCGAGUUCAGACGCUAUCCAAGUUAGCUCAUUACCUCUUCCGCCUAUGCAAUAUGUAAACCAAUAUACAGAUGAAGCUAUUAGACGUGGUAGGGCCCCAAAGCCACCACCUCCAAUACAAGAUACGUACCACAUGUUUGGAAAUGCAUUUAAUACUGAAGAAAAUAUUAUCAGGCCGCUUGAAAGUCAAGGAAUUAAAAGGUUAUACCCUCUUCAUUUUGAUAGAAGGCGAGAAUUAAAAAAAUUGAAUCAAUCUCUGUUAGCUAAUUUCUUAGAUUUAUUGGAUUUGUUGGUGAAGUGCCCUGAUUCACAACGCAGAGCUGAAAAGGUAGAAGAUUUAAGUUUAUUGUUCAUUCAUAUACAUCAUUUACUAAACGAAUUUAGACCACAUCAAGCAAGGGAAACUUUGAGGGUAAUGAUGGAAUUGCAAAAAAGACAGAGGAUAGAAACUGCAAAUAGAUUUCAAAAGCAUUUAGAUAAAGUAAUGGAUAUUCUUCAACAAGCUAUUCAAAAUUUACCAGAACCCAUGGAUUUAGACUCUAAAAUAAUGAUUGACACUGAUUUAUUAAUGAACCGUGAAAAUAAAGAUAAUUCAGAAAAUAAUCAAGACCCUUGUUAUAUUUUGGACAGGGUUAUGUGCAGUAUCGUUGAUAAUAUGCAGUGACUUCAUUCUUGGUUUUUAUUAUUUUUGUAAAUAGUUUUGGUGUUUAGUUCUGUACAUAGUGUUGUGACUUGAUUUUUCAAGUGGGUUAAUUAUAUUGAAAUAAAUUAGUUUUUGGUAAAGCAUUUUUAAUUUUGUGGAUAUAGAAGAGGAAACAAUAAAUAGGUAUCACACAAAGAUGUAUCAGGAUUGUGAGAACAUGCUUAAGGACUUUUGGAGCUGAAAGACCCACGACAACUUUAUUAGUAGUUAUUAGUAUUUGCAUUGGUGUACUGCCAUUUGUUACAGCAACAGCCUUAAUACCGCUCAAAGUGAUAUUAGACCUAAGCAACGCGUUAUCAACUAAAGGUUUUUUCUACGUAUUGUACUCCUUAAUCUUCCAAGUGUCCUUUUUAACAUUUCUUAUUUGUGGAUUAUUUAUGACUGCAUUUGCAUUGGCCUCUUGUUUAACAUUAUUACAUAAAUUUAAUCUUAUUGUCAAUCAUAAUUAAAUCUAUUAUGUUUUGUGACAUUUUGCUAAAUAAUGUUGUGUAGGUAUAUGAAUUUAUAAUAAAAAUUGUAUUUAUAUCAU